UAAAAACUUCUAAAGGUGUAUGGUAACGUUCCCAAGUGGGUUCAUGGAUCUGCCCUGGGGGGGACCUGCCUCACCAACUUUCUGCCUUUUAUUCCAUUGCCUGCCCACAGCCCUGAAGUUCCUGGCAAUGCAUGGAGUCACUGGGGUAUUUCAUUUACAUAUAAAACACUGAAAAGACAGGUUUGAUACUGUUCUAUUGGGGGACAGACGUGUGUAUUUAAUCGCUGUCACAGGUCUGUGCUGCAUUGUCACCAGUCUGGUUUUUUUUUGUUUUUUUUUUUUGGCAAACGGUAGCCCAGAGCUGUCAGUAGAUUGGGGGGAAACAGAAUAAUCUUGUUGGUAUUUAAAAAAAAAAAUCUGUCCUUAAAUCAGCGCAGUGCGCCAGGAUGGCUGUGAGGCAGCGCUCAGUCGCACUUUCGCUCUACAGUCGCAGGUGUCGCUGUUGACCACGGUUUGAGCGCAGCCCGGGCUGGCCGGGCACCACGUGACCCACAGGGAGGCAGCAGCUCAAGGCCAUUUUCAAAUCUCAUUGGCUCGCUUGUCAUGUGGUUGUGCAGAGGCUUCACAAUUACACAGGGAAUGUUUUGCUAGAGAUGUCAGCCUACAAAGGACACAAUCCCUCUUCUCCUAAUUCCUCCCCAAAAUGUCCUUUCCCAACAGCUCUCCUGCUGCAAAUACUUUUUUAGUAGAUUCCUUGAUCAGUGCCUGUAGAAGUGACAGUUUCUAUUCUAACAGCGCCAGCAUGUACAUGCCACCCAGCACAGAGCUUGGCACCUAUGGCAUGCAAACCUGUGGACUGCUACCCUCUCUGGCUAAAAGAGAAGUCAAUCACCAAAACAUGGGCAUGAAUGUGCAUCCCUAUAUACCUCAAGUAGACUCUUGGACUGAUCCGAGCAGGUCCUGUAGGAUAGAGCAACCUGUUACACAGCAGCUCCCUACUUGCUCCUUUCCUACCAACAUUAAGGAGGAGACCAACUGCUGCAUGUAUUCUGAUAAGAGGUCCAAAGUGAUUUCUGCAGAGGGGCCCUCAUACCAGAGGCUGGUGCCUGACAACUGUCCUGUGGAGAACUCAGAGGUGCCAGUCCCAGGAUAUUUUAGGCUGAGCCAGAGCUACGCCACCGGGAAACCCCAAGAGUACAAUAAUAACCCAGAAAGCAGCUCAUCCCUAAUGUUACAGCUCAACCCUCGCACCAGCUCCAAACAGCAGAUCCCUCCUCAACUUCACAUGGACAAGAAAAUGAAUGAGAAUCCGAGCAGCCAAGACUCAGGCAAAGUCCCAUCUGGGGAGAGUCCCGAUCCCAAGGCUGCGCAUCAGGAGGACAGGAGCUGCCUGGCUGAGGUGUCUGUGUCCAGCCCAGAAGUGCAGGACAAGGAGACGAAAGAGGAAAUCAAGUCUGAUACCCCAACGAGCAAUUGGCUAACUGCAAAGAGUGGCAGAAAGAAGAGGUGUCCCUAUACCAAACACCAGACAUUGGAGUUAGAGAAGGAGUUCUUGUUUAAUAUGUAUCUGACGCGGGAGCGCCGCCUAGAGAUCAGUAAGAGUGUGAAUCUCACUGACAGGCAGGUCAAGAUCUGGUUUCAAAAUCGCAGAAUGAAGUUAAAGAAGAUGAGCAGAGAGAACCGAAUCCGCGAACUGACCGCGAAUCUGACUUUUUCGUAAGAAGUGACCAAAAUGCUAUUUAACCUUUGACAAAGCAUCAGCCAUUGCUACACUCGGAGAGACUUUAAGAACAUUUCAGAAACAUAUUUUUUUUUUUUAAAUUUCUGUGAUAGGGAAUGUGGUCCAUUGUCAUUUUUUAGUGCUACAAGUGUCUCUAUGUAUUUCCAUGGGAAUAUGGCAAAUGAAAGAAUAAAGCUAGCACAUGUAAUUUAUUUUUGUUUUUCACCGACUGGCAAGGUAAAUGUGACAAAGAAAAGUUUAUCCUUUGAUCUUUAACUUAUUGGGACUGUUGAACACAUCCAAGCAAUGUGACUUUUUAUGUUUUUACUCAAAUGGUAUUUCUGUGUGCUACUUUCAUGGACCUUGGUAUUUGAAACCAUGAGUACUCUUGAUGACUUUUAGGGGGGAAAAAAGCACAUUUUUUCUGUAAAUGUCUGCUCAGAUGAACUGAAAGAAAAAAAAAAAACCAUGUUCGUAGCAGUGUAGUUUAUUCCAGUCGUAUUCCUGGUGAUCCCAUUAUUGUUCUAUGUGAUAUUCUGGGACAGCAAUAGCUUCACACAGUGCAUGCUCCCUUCGCAUGUAAUAUGCAAUAAACUCUGUAAAACUCC